UGACGGUGAAGACGUUAUUGCAUUCGUCACAGUUCAGUGUUCUUAAUCUGUGCCUCCAUGUACACAUAUAUGUCCUUUAUUACACUCUAGUAAAUAGAGUAAACAUCGUUAAUAACUGUUUGCAUCCGGUUAUAUUAGUCUGAGCGCACUUUGAUGCUUCUCGAGCUAGCUUAGCUUGCUAGAUAGCUUAGCUUGUUAGCUGCUAACAAAGAGAGGCAGAAGUCAUCAAAACACAUCACUAAGUAGAGAUCAAGUGUGAGUGUAAAGUGUUGUGAUUGUGUGAAAAUGUGCCAAAGAACCACAGCAGAGUACGAGGAGGAACUUUGUCCAACAAAAGAGGAGAAGGAGCGACAACAUGAAAAACAUCAAGUUGUGUUACACAGAACAGACAUCCAUCAGCUGAUUGAACACCAAGAAGAAUGUCUCCCUCAUCUGCAGGGGGACAGUUUCACUGUAAAGUAUCCACAGCCCUCACAUUUUAAAGGGGACAAGAAGGAUGCACAGCCCUCUUAUUUUAAAGAGGAAGAGGAGGGAGAGUGUCCUGUAGGGCAGGAGGAGGCUGAUGUCAGCAAGUUUCCACUGACUGUUGUCUCUGUGAAGACUGAAGAGCAUGAAGACAAACCACCUGAGUCCUCACAGCUUCAUCACAGUCCAAACGUCUGUGAAGAACAUUUUCUCCCUGAGCAACAGAAGUGGAGCUUCAGGAUGCGGAUUGAGGAGCUACAGCCCUCCCACAUUAAGAAGGAAGAGGAAUACCCACUGAUCCCGCAUUUUAAAAUGGAAGAAGAGGACCCACAGACACCCCAUUUUAAAGACGAAAAGGAGGACCCACUGACACUCUAUUUGAAAGAGGAAGCAGUGGAUCCACUGACACCCCAUUUUAAAGAGGAAGAAGAGGACCCACUGACACCCAAUUUUAAAGAGAAAGCGGUGGAUCCACUGACCCCUCACAUUAAGGAGGAAGAGGAGGACCCACUAACCCCUCACAUUAAAGAGGAAGAGGAGGAACUCAGCAUUGGUCAGGAGGGAGAGCAUCUUGAAGGACUGGAGGAGGUUGAUGUCACCAAGAUGCCAGUGACUGGUGUCCCUGUGAAGAGUGAAGAUGAUGAGGUGAAAGGUGAAAGUGAGGAGAGGGGAGGGGGGGAGCCUCCAAGCAGCAGCUCAACACAACACAUGACAACAGAAGCUGAUGGAGACCACUGUGGAGGAUCACAAGCAGACAAGCUCUUAGCUCCACUAUCAGAUAGUGAGGACACAACGUCACACUCUCCUCACACUGAUGAUGAAGACUCUAAAGAUGAUAAGACAUGUCACACUGACAACACUCACUUCACAUCUUCUCACUCUCACAAAACUUUUAAAUACCAUUGUAGUCUGAAAAGACACAUGAGAACACACACUGGAGGAAAACCUUUUUCCUGCUCAGAAUGUGGUAAAAGUUUUGCAACAAAUGGAAAUUUUAAAUUACACAUGAGAACACACACUGGAGGGAAACCUUUUUCAUGUUCAAUCUGUAGAUUGCGGAGCUCCUGCUAAAGAUGAAACAUUUGGCAGAAAUACCGGACAAUUCCACAGACUUUAUGGCUGGCUCACAUCGUGGUCACUCCGUGAUCACGUACGACCGCCAGACACUUCUGGAUGUGGACAUAUCGGGCCGUUUUGGACUGAUAGACGCGUGCGUGCUAAACAUGCUAACUAGCAUGGGAAUACGUCGGCGGCUACAUCCAGCGGCCUGUGAAGCAGGGGAGUCUAGUAGCAGCGGGGGCCGUCUACGGAACAGACGCCAGCGGUGUGAUCGGAAACGCGGAUGUCGAGCGGGGCUAAAAACAAAGCAGAAGGCUAAUCCCCACAGAACACCACUGUCCUCCAUCCUGAAGACGGAUUUAGAUGGAAAAUGCGAGACUACUGGUCUGGGUAAGGAGUCAGUUAAAUUAGAACACGUUUUUUCUGCUUUGAGUGUUUCAGAGUUGGACAUGUGUGUUACUGAGGUGGCUAACUAUGAUGCGUGCAGUUUAUCAAAGCAACAAACAAACAAUCGGAAAAUCCCCGUUACUGAGGUGGCUAACUAUGAUGCGUGCAGUUUAUCAAAGCAACAAACAAACAAUCGGAAAAUCCCCGUUACUGAGGUGGCUAACCAUGAUGCGUGCAGUUUAUCAAAGCAACAAACAAACAAUCGGAAAAUUCCUGUCGUAUCAAUUCCUAGAUAUGGUCGUAACUAUACUAAAUGCACUGGGCAUAAUAAACACAACAUUAUUAAUAUUGCUACUACGGAUAAUUUGAUCAAAAACUCCCUAAAACAGCCCACUA